CGCUGCGCGGCGGCCGCGGAGGGAUCCGGCCGCGCCGCCGUUCCGUCUGUCUUCGGAACCAGAUCAGAGCUGCCGCAGCGUUGUCCCCGCAGACUAAUCCAGCCAUGGGUAGUGUGAAUUACUCAAAAGGUUCCUGGCUACAAAGAUUUGCAAAUGGGAAACCUGUGAGAAAACCCAAGCAGCAAGAGCCUUGGAAGGCAGUAGCUGAUCAAAGCCGAGACAUCAUUGCUUCUGCUCAGUGCAUCUUGGACAGAGAAAAUUUUGUGAGGGAGCUGGACAGAUAUUUGAAGCACAAUGAUUUCCUAGAUCUGAGAAAGACAGAACUUCUGUACAAAAAAUAUCUUGAUAAUGUUUCAGAGCCACUUAUGCAAAAAAUGAAGAAAAAAAUGGACAGCCAGUCAGAGAAAGAAGUGUGGAAAAGGAGACAAGAACAAUUCUCUCAAUAUUUAAACUACUUUACAAAGAAGGGUUAUGUGUUUUUGGAUGAUUAUGACCCAUCAGAGUAUGAUCCAUUCUUCCAGAAGACGCGCACAGACUGCUGGAAGGACGAGGAACUCAUCAACUAGCACAAUGACAGAGAGAGCCAAUGAUGUCACCUGUGCUCCAGCUGACCACAGCCAUCAAAGGUUCACCAUGGACUGAAAAAGAAGACUCAGCUGUCCAG